CCAGUUCCUUUGGGUGAGUACUUAAAAUCCGCAAUGUGAAGGAGACAAAGGAGAACGAGGCGCCCGUAGAGUAGUUUAGAUGGAAGAAACGAGCGACACUCCCUUCUAUCAGGAUGAGGGGAUUUCAUCACACAUUAUUUCGCCCUACCUCUUUGACAAGUCAGCCUUGCACUUAAACUUACAGCCUUUGGCGGAGGAUCCAAAGAUUGGAGAUCUAAAAAAACAUGCAACGCCUUCGGAGCUACGGUCACCCGAUCUGGGUUUGCUUAAGCUUGGUUCACCCGAACUGGAGAAAAUGAUCAUGUCUUUGCAGGGAAAUGUGACAAGCGUCUCGAAUGUUAGCUCGCUCUUUAACUCAAACGUUCACGCACCGGUCAACGCAGAUCACGAUCACGAACCAUAUUCACGUGGGUUCACCGAUGCGUUGCAAGACCUACACGAUCGACAGAUUAGCAGAGAGUCUUCUCUUAUAGAUUUAGCGGACAACGCUGCGGAGUCUACGGAUCCAUUUUUAGGGCACACUACCGUGAGAAAUGCAUCCUUUUUGACGACAGUACCGGCGGCUACGAUAAGAACUUCAACGGAGUCUGUCGUGUAUUCUUCAAACUCUUCGCGCGUGGAUGCUAGUGAUUUCUUUGCGAGCAACGGAGGGUCUUUUUCUGCCCCAGUAAAAGGAGGCACAAUUUAUCCUUAUAAUGCCUCAGGUGUACCGGGCUACACGACGUUGUAUUCGUAUCCAUCAGAAAAUCCUCCAUAUUCCGCUUAUCAAGAUUUUAAUCUUGAGAACACCGCCAAUUUGCGUGCUUUUGCGUCUUAUAAUAACGCGCUUGCUCAAGAAAAAACGGAAUUGUCUGGGUACAAAUUGGAAAAUCAAGGGCAGAUAGUUUCCGAUCAUGGAUCUUUGCAACCAAUUGAUCUGGAAGUUCAAGAGAUCGUGAAACGAGAGCGGAAAAAGCAACGGAACAGAAUCGCUUCUUCUAAGUGUAGGAAGAGGAAACUGGAACGCGAGGCGAGGUUGGAAACACGGGUCAAAGAGUUAAAAGAGAGGAAUAUUGAAUUAAACGCGGUAGCCAAUGCGCUUAAACAGCAAGUCUGUGAUUUGAAGCAAAGAGUCAUGGAUCAUGUUAAUGAAGGCUGCCAAAUUAUGCUAGCUCACCAAUCCCAAAUGUAACCAACAGGUAUCUUCAGUCAUUCCAAGGUACGUGUGUAAAUUAACAAUUGUUGAUAAGCAUGUUUGACAAGCGUAAAAUCGCAACCACUUCAACUAAACAAAUUGCACGGGUGACUUUGUUACGUUUGGUGUAAGGAGAGAACAGAGUUGAUCUGUAUCUAUUCGCCUUUUAACACAAAAUUUUCAAGAUAAUUCACAUACAUCUCUAGUUAUAUUUGUUCUCGUAUCGUAAGUUUGCCUUGCCAGGUAACGUAGUUAAUUUGAGAAUUACCUCAUCAAAGAAGAAUACAUAAAACUCAUUGUAAAUAAGCCACUUUAUCAAAAGACCGGUUUAGUUUUCAUCUAAGAACGGUUGAAGACCUCAUUUUAAUAGAGAAGUUUAGCUUAAACAGAUAUUUAUCCCCGGGAUAACUUGUAUAUAGUUGCGAUCCGCAACGGUUUAAGAUUUAACGCUUUUGCGCAUGCGCAAAACAGAACAUUACAGGCUUCGCUGUCACGAUGGCUGGAAGGAGUGGGAAUGCUUUCUCAGUCUCAAAUUUUGACUCAUCUCCAAAGGAGUUUGAAGAAUAUUAAUGCACGCUCAGUUUCUGUUACAACAGAAUUCUCUUCUUCCGAUAAAGACAUGUUAUCUAAUACGAGGAUUUUUUCUCAUUCGAAGAGCGCGUAGUCAACCAAUAAACAGACUUAAUACGUGUUAUUUAUCAUAAGAAUCUUUUCCCUUCUUUGAGCCAGGUUGUUGGAAAAAACUGCCGAGCCAUUCUUAGUCUCCGUAGCUUUUUGCAGUUUCCUUUUUGCAUUGCGAUUCUUUAACUUGUGCGUAACCAAACUAACUCAAGUUUCGCGUCUCU